CCCGGCACCGCCUUCGCGGGAGGGAGCCUUCGCAAAGCUUACCACCCCCCCGCCGUCGCCGCCGCCCGCAGAAGGAUGCAUUUCAGCGCUGUCACCCGAGACAUGGAAGGAGAAUGUUCCCCACGUUCCAGGUGAAAAUUUUCGGGAUGGAUCCCAUGGCAGACUACAUGCUCCUGAUGGACUUUGUCCCGGUGGACGACAAACGUUAUCGGUAUGCAUUUCACAGUUCCUCCUGGUUGGUGGCUGGCAAAGCUGACCCUGCUACUCCUGGGAGAGUGCACUACCACCCGGAUUCGCCGGCGAGGGGAGCUCAGUGGAUGAAGCAAAUUGUGUCCUUUGACAAACUGAAGCUGACGAACAAUUUAUUGGACGACAAUGGGCAUAUCAUUUUGAACUCCAUGCACAGAUACCAGCCCCGUUUCCACGUAGUUUACGUGGACCCACGGAAAGACAGUGAGAAGUACGCGGAGGAGAACUUUAAGACUUUUGUCUUUGAGGAGACCCGAUUCACCGCCGUCACAGCUUACCAAAACCAUCGGAUAACCCAGCUUAAGAUCGCCAGCAAUCCAUUUGCAAAAGGGUUCCGGGAUUGCGACCCUGAAGAUUGGCCUAGGAAUCACCGGCCAGGAGCCCUACCUCUUAUGAGCGCCUUCGCUCGGUCGAGAAAUCCCGUGUCUUCCCCAGUGCACCAAAACGGAACUGACAAAGAUAUAGUGGACAGUCGACGGGAAUACGAACAGGAAUCAGCUAGCAGGACACCCCUCCACGCCGAUCCAACUCAUCAGCAGCUCAUGUCUCGGGUGUUAAGUCCAGCGCUCCCGGUUCCUGGUGGAGGCGGCUUGGUCCCACUGCCUAGUCCAGCUGGAAGCCGGCCUAGUCCCCCCCAUCACGAGUUGCGCCUGGACCCCCCUGCUUCCGAACCUCUCCAUCACCAUCCCUACAAGCAUCCGGUCUCCGCUUAUGACCAUUAUCUAGGAGCCAAGAGCCGGCCAGCCCCCUACCCCUUGCCCGGUAUCCGAGGACACAGUUACCACCAUCACCACCAUCACCACAUGAAUCCAGCCGCCGCGGCUGCAGCCGCCGCGGCUGCCGCGGCCGCCAACAUGUACUCCUCCGCCGGCGCUCCCACGACCUACGACUACGGACCGAGAUAACGUCUCCGAUGCACACUCCUUGAGCUCAGACCGACUCUUUGCAUGGUGUGAAUUGCUCAGUACGUUUGGGAAGAGUGUCCUGUUUUGUCGAAUUGGGGAUGGGGGGUGGGGAAUCCGCCAUCAUCCCUCGUGCACAUGGUUUUCUUUCUCGCACCAUCCUUCCAAAAUGUUCGGUUGUUGGACACGUCGUUCAAGAUUCGUGUGGUCUUUUUCCAUCCGGGGGGAUGUGAUCUUUGGCUUGCAUUAGGGGCAUUGCGGUGGAUUGAUGGGAGGCCGGCGUUCUCUUGGACUCACUUUACGUCGCUGGCUGUGGGGCUAGGCGGGCAGUUCUUCCUCUCCUCCGCCUUCCCCUCGGCCCACUGAGGUGCAGUUCCCUUCUCCAUUGCGUAACCCACCAAGCAUCCUGGCAUCGUUUCAUGGCUGUCCUGACACUGGUGCAGCUCUAAAUAGGUAGUC